AUGUUGUACAACUUGUCAAAGGCCGUUCUGGCGCUUUCUGUGCUGGCUGCCAGCGCAGAUGCUGCAGGAAUUCGGCUGGAAAAACGUGCAUCCACCUUCGACUAUGAAACUGAGAUGGUCCGCGGCGUCUGCCUCGGGGGCUGGCUUGUUCUAGAGCCAUGGCUGUCACCGGGUCUCUUCGAUGCGGCCCCGGAUGGCGCCGUCGAUGAGUGGACAUAUACCGAAAUUCUCGGCCAGGAUGAAGCCAAGGCUCGGCUGAUCGGCCAUUGGGACACCUUCAUCACCGAGCAGGAUUUCUUCGACAUCGCUGCUGCUGGCAUGAACCACGUCCGCAUUCCCAUCGGUUACUGGGCCGUGGAGGCUCUCCCAGGUGACCCAUAUGUGGACGGUCAACUCGAGUAUCUUGACAGGGCCAUUGAAUGGGCGGGAGCAGCCGGUCUCAAGGUCAUUGUUGAUCUGCACGGAGCUCCGGGCUCUCAGAAUGGAUUUGACAACAGUGGGCGCAAAGGAGCCAUCCAAUGGGGCCAAGGAGACACUUUAGGCCAGACCGUCAACGCGUUCCGGAAGCUGGCUGAGCGCUACGUCCCCAGCAGUGAUGUGGUUACCGCCAUCGAAGCAGUCAAUGAGCCAUUCAUCCCGGGAGGAGUCAAUGAGGACCAGCUGAAGGAGUACUACCAGCAGGCCUACGACAUUGUGACGCAGAUGAGCCCUGAUGUUGACCUGGUGUUCUCAGACGGCUUCAUCAACCCCACCCCCUGGAACGGUUUCAUUAGCGACAGUGGCAACAUUGUGAUGGACAACCACCACUACGAAGUGUUCGACAUCAACCUGCUGCGGAUGAGCGUCGACGACCAUGUGAGGAGUGUUUGCGACUUUGGUCGCACGCAACUUGCCCCCGCGACCAAGCCCGUCGUUGUGGGUGAGUGGACCGGUGCUAUGACCGACUGUGCGCGUUAUCUGAACGGCCGUGGCGUUGGGGCGCGCUAUGAUGGUGCGAUGGGCGGUGAAAGUGUCGGCGAUUGUGGCCCCUUUAUUCAAGGCAGUGUGAGCGACCUUUCUCCUGACGACCAGAAGAACAUGCGCCGUUUCAUCGAGGCCCAGCUGGACGCCUGGGAGAUGAAGAGCGGCUGGUUGUUCUGGAACUGGAAGACCGAGCAGGGUGCCCCUGGUUGGGAUAUGAAGGACUUACUGGAUAAUGGAGUCUUCCCCUUCCCUCUGGAGAGCAGAAAGUAUCCCGGACAGUGCGGCUAG